AUCUCCAGGCACCAGGAAAUCCAGCGGUUCUCACAAAGUUUGUCAUUGGAAGUAAAAAAAAUAAAAAAGCACACUGGCACUUGCUUCCCGCCCCUAAAAAUAUAUUCCUACUUAUUCAGUUGACAAAAAUCGCUAAAGUAAAAACCGGUUGGAAGCAAAAAAAAUGUGCGGGAGAGCCCGUUGUACUCUUCGCGCCGAUGACAUCCCCAGAGCUUCCCAUCGCAACGACGGCCCCGUCCGCCAUGUUCACAUGGACCGGUACCGUCCAUCGUAUAACGUUGGCCCGGGAAUGAAUUUCCCGGUUGUUCGACGGGACGAUGGAUCUAAUGGCGAUGGAGGAGUCGUUCUUCACUGCAUGAAAUGGGGAUUAAUUCCUAGUUUUACUAAGAAAACCGAUAAGCCUGACUUUUACAAGAUGUUCAAUGCUCGGUCUGAGUCAGUAUGUGAAAAGGCUUCUUUUCGGCGUCUACUCCCUAAAAGCCGGUGCCUAGUAGCAGUUGAAGGAUUCUAUGAGUGGAAGAAAGAUGGCUCGAAAAAGCAGCCUUACUACAUUCAUUUCAAAGAUGGUAGGCCUCUAGUGUUUGCUGCUCUUUAUGACUGUUGGGAGAAUUCAGAAGGUGAGAAACUUUACACCUUCACUAUACUUACAACUGCCUCCUCAUCAGCUUUUCUGUGGCUGCAUGACAGGAUGCCUGUAAUUUUGGGUGACAAGGAAUCAACAGAUACAUGGCUAAAUGGUACCAAAAUUGAUACGCUGCUUAAGCCAUAUGAAAAUUCAGAUUUGGUUUGGUAUCCAGUGACCUCUGCAAUUGGUAAGCUGUCUUUUGAAGGACCAGAGUGUGUCAAGGAGGUACCAUUGAAGACACAGGAAAAGAAUCUGAUUUCAAAGUUUUUCUCAACAAGGGAGGUUAAGAAGGAACAAGAAUCGAACAUGGAGAAAAGUUUGUGUGAUGAAUCUGUCAAAACAAAUUUGCUGAAGAACUUGAAGGAGGAGUGGAAUAGUCCAGAAGACAAAGAAAUUCCAUCCUUGGCUUCAAAGGGGGACAAUGAUUCAAAAUCUAGUGUUCUUGCCCCAACUUGUGAGGACGUCAGGAAGUGCCAAACAAAGAGGGACUAUGAGGAGUUUUCAGCUGAUAUAAAGCCAGCUAAAGAUGAAAUUGAAAUAGGUCCUGCCAGGAAAAAGGGAAACAUCAAGGGUGAUGCUGGUAAGCAACCAACGCUAUUUGCAUACUUUGGCAAAAAAUAGUUUGUUCCACUGGAAUGCAUUUGCAUGGGUCAAGGAAUAGGUUCACCGUAUGGAAACUGCCUGUUUAUAGAGGCAGUGCAGGUUGUAUUUUGGAGGCCGGGUAGGAUCUACGUGUAGGAUUUUGUGGCAAAUGCUAGUCUGCAUUUUGCAAUUGUAGUUUAGAGCUCUUUGGGUGGCACAUUUUGAACACCUUGUUUGGUGGGAAGAGACUCAGUUGUACUUGUAUGGAUUUAGGAUCCAUGUAUAUGAUUAUGAAUAGUUCCUUUAAAAAGAAA